ACAGCUGCAAAACUGCGAGAGAGGGCUGAUUGAGGGGAAUAGCAAAGCGGCGGCGGUGGCGGCAGCCAUCUUAGAUCCAUCGCGCUAACCGAGAAUUCAUUUUCUGGAUUUUUUUUUUUAUACUGAGUGAAAAAUAUUUUUGUAUCGGCUAGAAACAAAAACAGCGUCAGUUUGUUUUGCUUCGUUUAAAAAGCGGCAUGUAUUUCCGACGGCAUAAACUACCCGCAUCCAUAGUCGGACUGGUCCUUGGACUAUUAUGUGCGGUUGAAGCUGCGAAAGUCAAUAAGCAUAAACCCUGGAUUGAGACUACGUAUCAUGGCAUUGUAACAGAAAAUGAUGACAAAGUCCUCCUGGACCCUCCCUUGAUAGCCCUGGAUAAAGACGCCCCUCUGCGCUAUGCGGAGAGUUUUGAGGUGACCGUCACCAAAGAAGGUGAGAUAUGCGGCUUCAGGAUUCACGGGCAGAACGUCCCGUUUGAGGCGGUGGUGCUGGACAAGUCCACCGGCGAGGGGGUCAUCCGGGCCAAGGACAAGCUGGACUGCGAGCUGCAGAAGGAGCACACCUUCACCAUCCAGGCCUACGACUGUGGGGAGGGCCCCGACGGAGCCAACAUGAAGAAGUCCCACAAGGCCACCGUCCACAUCCAGGUGAAUGACAUCAACGAGUACUCGCCGGUGUUCAAGGAGAAGUCAUACAAGGCCACCAUCAUCGAGGGAAAGACCUACGACAGCAUCCUGAAGGUGGAUGCGGUGGAUGCGGACUGCUCCUUCCAGUUCAGCCAGAUCUGCAGCUAUGAAAUCGUCACCCCCGACGUCCCCUUCACCAUCGACAAGGAUGGCUACAUAAAGAACACAGAAAAACUGAACUACAGCAAAGAGCGAAUGUACAAGCUGACGGUGACGGCCUACGACUGUGGAAAGAACCGCGCCUCCGAGGACGUCCUCGUCAAGAUCAGCAUCAAACCUACCUGCAAACCUGGCUGGCAAGGGUGGAGCAAGAGAAUGGAGUAUGAGCCUGGCACUGGAAGCCUGGCCCUGUUUCCCAGCAUGCACUUGGAGACCUGCGAGGAGCCAAUCACCUCCAUCCAGGCCAGCAUUGAGCUGGAGACCAGUCACAUUGGAAAGGGCUGUGACAGAGACACAUACUCGGAGAAAUCACUACACAGGCUGUGUGGUGCCAGCGCAGGGACAGUGGAGCUGCUGCCUGCCCCCAGCAGCUCCUCCAACUGGACGGUGGGUCUGCCCACGGACAACGGCCACGACAGCGACCAGGUGUUCGAGUUCAACGGCACGCAGGCUAUCAAGGUCCCCGAGGGCCUGGUGAAGACCAGCUUGAGCGAGCCCUUCACCAUCUCUGUGUGGAUGCGGCACGGCCCUGGGGCCAGGGAGAAGGAGACCGUCCUCUGCAACUCUGACAAGACAGAGAUGAACCGCCACCAUUACUCCCUCUAUGUGCACAACUGCCGCCUGGUGUUCCUCCUGCGGCAGGACCCCGCCGAGUCGGAGAACUACAAGCCGGCCGAGUUCCACUGGAAGCUGGACCAGGUGUGUGACAAAGAGUGGCACCACUAUGUGCUGAACGUUGAGUUCCCCACUGUGGCCCUGUACGUGGAUGGUGCGACCUUUGAACCCUUCCUGGUGACCGAGGACUACCCUCUGCACGCUUCCAAAAUCGAAACCCAGCUCACAGUCGGAGCCUGCUGGCAAGACAAUUCAGGACAUGACAAUGACAAUGAGACAGUCUCUGAAUCCUUGACAGGGGGCAGCGCGCGCAUGUCACAGUUCUUCCGGGGAAACCUGGCCGGGCUCAUGAUCCGGUCCGGGAAGCUGGAGAGCAAGAAGGUGAUCGACUGCCUGUACACCUGCAAGGAGGGGCUGGAUGUGCAGCUGCCUGAGGAAGUGGCCACCGCCGUCAAGGUGCAGUUUAAUCCCAACCAGUCCUCUCUGACCCUGGAGGGGGAUGACAUUGAGAGCUUCGACAAGGUCAUGCAGCACAUCUCCUACCUCAACUCACGGCAGUUUCCCACGCCAGGCAUCCGACACCUCAGAGUCUCCACCACCGUCAAGUGCUUUAAUGAGGAGACGUGCAUCUCGGUGCCGGAUGCGGAGGGGUAUGUGAUGGUGCUGCAGCCCGAGGAGCCCAAGAUCAGCCUGAGCGGCAUCGACCACUUCGCCCGCGGCGCCCCCGAGUUCGAGAGCCCCGAGGGCGUGACCCUCUUCCCCGAGCUCCGCAUCGUCAGCACCAUCACCCGCGAGGUGGAGGCCGAGGCCGAGGCUGAGGGAGAGGACGACCCCACAGUGCAAGAGUCGGUGGUGUCAGAGGAGAUCGUGCACAACCUGGACACGUGCGAGGUGACGGUGGUCGGGGACGAUCUGGACGGCGAGCACGAGAGCAUAGAGGUGGACCUGGCCCAGGUGCAGCAACACGGCCUGGAGAUGAGCUCCUCCAACGUGGGCGUGAUCCUCACAGGUGUUAACACCAUGGCCAGCUACGAGGAAGUGCUGCACCUGAUCCGCUAUAGGAACUGGCACACAGAGGCCCUCUUUGACAGGAAGUUCAAGCUGGUCUGCUCCGAGCUCAACGGCCGCUACAUCAGCAAUGACUUCAAGGUUGAGGUGAAUGUGAUCCACACAGCCAGCCCCAUUGAGCACGCCAACAACGUCAUGAUGCAGCCACAGUUCAUCAACCCCAUGCAGCACGCCUCUGUGGACCUGUCUGGACACAACCUGGUCAACGCUCACCAGGCCUCAGUGGUCCCUAGCGCCGCCACCAUCGUCAUCGUGGUGUGCGUCAGCUUCCUGGUGUUCAUGAUCAUCCUGGGAGUGUUCCGCAUCCGCGCCGCCCACCAGCGAUCCAUGAGGGACCAGGAGAACGGCAAGGAGAACGAGAUGGACUGGGACGACUCCGCCCUGACCAUCACGGUCAACCCCAUGGAGACGUACGAAGAUCAACACAGCAGUGAGGAUGAGGAGGAAGAAGAGGAGGAGAGUGAGGACGGGGAGGAAGAGGAUGACAUCACCAGCGCGGAGUCGGAGAGCAGCGAGGACGAGGGCGCCGGCGAGCCCGAGGACCAGCAGGGGACCAGCAGGCAGCAGCAGCUGGAGUGGGACGACUCCACACUCACCUACUGACCCAGCGUCCCACCAACACACACGCAUACACACGCGCGCGCACACACACACACACACACACACACACACAGGUGAACAGAUGUACACACAUGCCUGCACGCACACACACGCACAUCAGAACCAUUGGAGCAUUCCGUCUCCCUCCUAUGGCUUCCUUCAUUAGCACCCAUGGUGUAAAACAGAAAAAAAAGAAAAAAAAAA